UUGCAAAAUUUUACAAAUUUAACAGGUUCUUAAGGACGAAUUCAACGCUGCAUCGCUGACGAAACGUCGUUUUAAGGCCAGGAUGACUUAAAAGAACAACUUUUUAAGAAGCAUCAGUCUUCUUACAGUUGCUAUGGCUACAGGAAGAAGUUCAAUUAAAGUUCCAUGUGAAAAUGAAGACUUACCUGACAAAGAAAAUGCACCAGAUUUUGACGAGGACACUUUACGAGCCACAGCUGAUGUUUAUAGGAAUGAGGGUAAUGAGGCCUUCAAGAAAGGAGAUUUCAUCAAUGCUAUUCAUUUUUACACCAAAGGAAUUAAAAUGAACUGCAAUGACAAAGAACUGAAGGCCAAACUGCACAACAACAGGGCAAUUGCACAUUCUAAACUUGGAAAUCACCAGGAUUCACUAAGGGAUGCAGAAGCAGCCAUUGAGUUAAAUCCAACUUUCCUUAAGGCAAUUGUGAGAGGUUAGAUAUGUUAGCUGUGC